CACACACACAACAUAAAAGGAAGGAGUCCGUCAGAGACUGAGACAGCCAAAGCCCAAAUCCAUCCAGCCAGACAGCCAGGGCCGGCCCUCUCUGCUUCUUCUUCUUCGGAGCCGCCGCCUGAUGAAGAGCAGAGCCGCCAAGAAGCCCGCCGCCGACGAGGAUGAGGCCAGGUCCAAGAAGGUCCGAUCCUCGCGCGGCGGCAAGCGCCGGCGUGGCCGCUCUUCGUCCCCAUCCGGCUCCAGCUCCGGUUCCCCACCCCGCAAGCGCUCCAAGAAGCCUUCCUCCAAGAAGAUUGUCGACAAGAAGAGCAAGAAGAACAAGGGUGCUAGUCGCAGACGCCGCCGUAGCCCGAGCCUGAGCCGCAGCCCCAGUAGCCCUUCGUCGGCGUCCAGGAGCCGAUCCCACCGCAGCAGACGCCAUAGCAGCAGCAGCAGUGCCUCUGAGAGGUCAGUGAGCCCGCCGCCCAGGAGCUGCUCCGGAGAUGCUAGGAAGAGAAAGGGAAGGGACAGAGACAAGGACCGGAAGAGGAGACGGGUGCGGAGAUCGAGGAGCCACUCGAGCAGUUCAGCUCAUAGUGACAGUAGCCGGGGCAGAAACAGGAGCAGGAGCAAGAGUAAGAGCAGGAAGCAGAGGGCCCGCGGCAUGAGGGAUGAUGCUGGUAGAGACAGGAUUGCACAAGACUAUGACAAUCGCCAUGCUUCUCGGACCGAGAAGAACUCUAUCGAGGAUGUUGAUAGGGAUGAUGAAGUGGUUGCUGUUGCCUUGAAGGGGAUUGAUGGUUAUGGGAAGAAUGUGGAGUUGGAGAAGAUGGAGAGCCCACCUUCCAAAGGUUCUAAUGAAACAGGUGAGAUCUCAUCUCCCAAGGAUGCUAAUGAAACGGGUGAGAUCUCAUCUCCCAAGGAUGCUAAUGAAACGGACAAGGUCUUACCUGCUGGUGGUGGAAUCCCAGAGGCCGAGGAGGAUCUGGAGCUCAUUCUCAGGCAGAGAGCUCUUGAGAACUUCAAGAAAUUUAGGGGAGCUGCGGCAAUGCCAGGCAAGACAGAUAGCAAUAGUACAGGGAAGGGAGUAUUGUCAGAUAUUCCCCAGAAUACUGUCACAAAAAUAUCUGAAGGAAGGUGUGCUGCUGCCCCUUCUCAGAGGCAGGAAAACAGUCGUGGAGAUAGCCACUCUGCUGGGUCACCUGAAUUAGAAGAUUUUGAGAACCGUGAAACUCCUUGGAAGCAAGAAACGAGUCAUGGGGAUAGAUCACCUAGAACACUCAAGGAUGGUGAUACUAGUGCCCCGACUCAACAGCAGGGAAGCAGGCUAGAAACGAUCCGUUCAACUUCUCGUAUCAUGUCACAGGAUGGUAGGAAUGGUGGUAGUGUAAUGCAAAGGCUGGGAGGCACUCCAACGAGUUCAAGUAGUGUAAAGCAAAGGUUAGGCAUCAGCACAGGGGUGAGACCUGCACAAGCCACACCCAGAAUUAGAUCAGUUGUGAGCAUACCCAUCAGGGAAGGACUUGAUGGCAGUACCUCUAUAAUGACCCCUAUGGCUCAUGAGAAUCCUGCCCCUGUUGAUAGCAGUAGUGAAGUCAGGCAUCCUCCAGUUGAAACUAACAAGCUUGAAGGAACCAAUGGAGAAGAUAGAAACAUGGGUGAAGCUUCAGCUCCUGAGAGUUCUGCUUUGUUGUUGACUGACGAGGGCAAGAGCCAGGUUGCCACUGACGAGGACAAGGGUCAGGCUGUGACUGACGAGUGCAAGGGCCAGGCCGGGAACGUGGACAAAGAUGGAUCUCAGUUUGAGAAAAGGACGUUCUCCAGGAUGCAUGAAGGAGAGACGGUGCAGGUCAGCUACAAAGUCUACAUACCCACGACAAGCCCGCGCCUUGCAAGGAGGAAGCUGCAGCGCUGAAGGCGUCAAAGAUGGAUCACCAUCUAUUCGUUAAUCCUACUAUCCACAUUUCGGUCACAUAGUUGGACACACUCUUUCUUUUUCCUGUAGCUUGAACCAGCGAAACACACACGACUAAUACGAAUCCUGCCCGUGUUGAGAUUGCUUCAUACUGCUACAGUUUUGCGGCUUGAUAGUAAACCCAGACAGUAGCCCGGAUACUUUAAGGAAACAUGAUACAAUUGUUGUUCCGCAGCAAUAAAUGGCUGUUUUUUUAUUCGUUUGUCAAAUCAAUUUCCUGAACAGCAAACCAUAAUCUUUGUGUGGCAAAUCUAUGAACUCCAUGCACUUGGAUUCUUGUAACCAGUAAAAAAAACCCUGUCUUGGAUGCUCAUGCUGUGACGAUACAAUGUACUGGCUGCUAUGCUUCAGAGAAAUAUCGGAUUAUGCGGCUCUGUACUUUAAAA